AAUUAUUAGCGGGUUAAAUAUUAAUGUACUGCUUCCAAUUCUGCUCAGCCAGCUCAUCCCGCAGCUGCUACUUAAUUUUGCGGGAAAUUUUGCCCUUAGGCCAGCCUUUCUCCUCCCCUAUCCACCGGAUAAUAUCAGUAGACUGUGGGCGAAUAGGCAUCUACUGGUUGCAACUCUGCUACACACUGUCAAUAAUAGGUGCAGUGUCGGCGGGAGUUGUGGUUGCAACAGAAACGGUGGUGACUGCUGCUGCAACGGAAUUAGUAGUGGUGUUUGUUGUGGCUGUGAUGAAAUUAGAUGCUGCUGCUGUCAUUGCGACAUGAUAUUUGUGCUUGGGACUCCUCAGACGAGGAUCAUCAAUUUUGUUAAAUUUCUCCAUCCUGCUCUCACAUGUUGGGCAAAACGUUGAG